GCAGCUCUUUCCAAGUGUGCAGAAUCCUGUCUACAUACUUAAAUCCAACCUGAGAUUUAACCGCUAUUGAACAACGACAACCCCAUUUGACGAAGCUAACUGAAAGGUUUUACGGGGACCUUUCAAAGCGCUCCUCACCGCCUCCCCACAAAUACUCAGUAUGUUCUCCUACGGAGGGAUCUCGGCAAACAUCAGUGCGGACAGACUGAAGGCAGAGGGCAUGGGAUCCAACGAUCAGGCACUGCACUUCCUCAACCAGGACUUCGAGGCCCUGAGGCAGGAGUGUCUGGAGACGGGAUGCCUCUUUGAGGACCCCUGCUUCCCGGCCGAGCCCCCCUCGCUCGGCUUCAAGGAGCUGGCGCCAUACUCCUCCAAGACACGUGAUGUGGAGUGGUUAAGGCCAACGGACCUGACAGAUGACCCUCAGUUUAUUCUGGGUGGGGCUACCAGGACGGACAUCUGCCAAGGAGCCCUCGGUGACUGUUGGCUCUUGGCAGCCAUUGCUUCCCUUACUCUCAAUGAGAGACUUCUUCACAGAGUGGUACCACACGGCCAGAGCUUCCAGGAGGACUAUGCUGGAAUUUUCCACUUUCAGUUCUGGCAGUUUGGUGAAUGGACGGACGUGGUGAUUGAUGACCGGCUCCCAGUGAAGGAUGGCGAGCUCAUGUUCGUCCACUCAGCUGACGGCAAUGAGUUUUGGAGUGCCCUGCUAGAGAAGGCCUACGCCAAGCUGAACGGUUCUUAUGAAGCCUUGUCUGGCGGCAGCACCACUGAAGGGUUUGAAGACUUCACCGGGGGCGUGUCCGAGAUGUAUGAGCUCAAGCGACCACCGCGGGACCUGUAUCGCAUCAUCAGCAAAGCUCUUGAGAGAGGCUCCUUGCUGGGAUGCUCGAUUGAUAUCACCAGUGCCUUCGAUAUGGAAUCUGUGACUUUUAAGAAGUUGGUGAAGGGUCAUGCAUAUUCAGUGACCGGCCUUAAACAGGUGGAUUUCAGAGGUGGAAUGGAGAAGUUGAUCCGCGUCAGGAACCCCUGGGGUCAGGUGGAGUGGACAGGGGCCUGGAGUGACAACUCGCCUGAAUGGGAUGAAAUCGAUCCAUCUGAGAGAGAGGACCUCCAUUUACAAAUGGAGGAUGGGGAGUUUUGGAUGUCCUUUAACGAGUUCUUGAGGCAGUUCUCGCGGCUGGAAAUCUGUAACCUCACGCCGGACGCGCUGAGUGGAGACAACAUGAGCCACUGGAACACCAUGAAGUUCCAUGGCACGUGGAGGAGAGGGAGCACGGCAGGAGGCUGCCGGAACCACCCCAACACAUUCUGGAUAAAUCCCCAGUAUAAGAUCACUCUUCUGGAGGAGGACGACGACCCCGAGGAUGACGAAGUGGCCUGCAGCUUCCUGGUGGCUCUCAUGCAGAAGGAUCGCCGGCGAUACCGCAAGCAAGGCCAGGACAUGCACACCAUCGGCUUCGCUGUCUAUGAGAUUCCAGACGAGUUUGCCGGCUGCCAGAAUGUGCACCUAAAGAAGGACUUCUUCCUAUCCCACUCGUCGGCCGCACGCUCUGAGACCUUCAUCAACCUGCGGGAGGUGAGCACGAGACUGCGGCUGCCGCCCGGCGAAUACCUCGUCGUCCCCUCCACCUUCGAGCCCAGCAAGGAGGCCGACUUUGUGCUGCGGGUGUUCACCGAGAAGCAGUCGGAAACGCAGGAGCUGGAUGACGUGAUUUCUGCCGAUCUGGAGGAUGAGGAAAUCUCAGAAGAUGACAUUGAUGAUGGCUUCAAGUCUAUGUUUUCUCAACUGGCAGGGGAGGAUAUGGAAAUCUCUGUUCGUGAGCUACGGACCAUUCUCAACAGAGUGGUGUCAAAACAUAGGGACCUUAAGACUGAUGGCUUCAGUAUGGAAUCCUGUAGGACCAUGGUCAACCUAAUGGAUAAAGAUGGCAGUGCCCGCUUAGGAUUGGUGGAGUUUCAGAUUCUGUGGAAUAAAAUCAGAAAGUGGCUGGGGAUCUUCAGACAGUUUGACCUUGACAAAUCAGGGACCAUGAGCUCUUAUGAGAUGCGCCUUGCUGUUGAAUCAGCAGGCUUCAUGCUGAACAAUAAACUGAACCAGAUCCUGGUGGCCCGUUAUGCAGAGAACGAGGUCAUCGACUUUGAUAACUUCAUUUGCUGUCUGGUCAAGCUGGAGGCCAUGUUCCGUUCCUUCCGAGAUUUAGACAAAGAUGGAACCGGGGAAGCGGAGAUGAACUUAACUGAGUGGCUGUUCAUGACCAUGUGUGGUUGAGCUGGGCCAGUUCUUUGUGAGAAGAGGAACAAGCAAAACAUAAAAUCCAGAGCUGCCUGCAAAGCCUAAAAAGUCCCACGUAGUCUAACCUUACAUCCACUCAGCACACCGCUGCCAAACCUCCCAUAGACCAGUGGUUCUUAAACUUUUGUCUGGCGACCCCCCAAAAAAAAAAAAAAAAAAACAUGUGCCAAGUCUUGCGACCCCCUUUACUCUAACCGGCGGUUAGUUGUGAGAUGGGCAUUGGAAGCAGAGGCAGAACAUGUCUUCUCUUAUAGGUAGGCUAUGUCAACACCAAAGGCAUUAUGUCAAUGGCAGCCUUUGACUAAAAACCUUUAGCAAAAUGUCCAGACAAAUCAUGCAAAUAAUUUCGCGACCCCUCCGAUAUUUUUGGCGACCCCCAGUUUAAGAACCACUGCCCUAGACCACCAGUAACCAUAUGUGCUGCAAACUCUGGUAGUUAACCAGGUAGAAGAGUUGGUUGCCACGGUUCUAUUGGUUGUCUAUGUAAACAGUAUAGGUCUGCUUAUGCUCUCAGUCUGAAAAGCAAAUUAAUGAUAAAACAGAUUUACAAAAGGAAGGUUCAGCACGUUUUUUAUAUUGCAGUGUCUUAAAGUUUGUCUGCAUGGUCAAGGUGAACACAGCAUACUGUGUUGUUUUAUUCUAUGCACUGUAAAUGCUGUUUUGUUGCAUUGUUGAUAAGUAUGACAUUUCUCUAGCAGGUAUAAAUAUUACAUAUUUUAUUAUGCCAGGUUAGGAGACUUUUUUUUUUGUAUAAUCUGACACUAAUUUUUACCAGACACUGUGAAUUAACAAAACGUGCAUUUAGACACAACAAGAACAAUCAGAAGUUAUCAUUCACUUUGAGUAAUCCCACAGAGAUCAUUACGGCUGCUAAUUAUUUCAAGAUCAUGUCAGGUACAGAAAUCUAACCUUGUCAUUGCAAUGCAUCGUUGACCACUAGAUGGCAACAGCUGCUUAUCCUGCAUAGAGCCGUCGGUUUCUAUAUACGGCUCUGAUCCUGCAGGUACUACUGAUCUUUGAUGGCUAUGGAUUCUCUGUCUGCCAGGGGAUUAUGCCACUGUAUGACUUAAAAGAAUGACUAUAUCUGCUAACUGAAUUCUUGCCAUGGAAUCAGUUAUCACUGACUGAUGACUGAUGAAUUAAAUUUCUUGAAUUUCCCCAUGGGGAUCAAUAAAGUAUCUAUCUAUCUAUCUAAAUAAGACUAAUAUCAUGAGGUACAAGAUGAACUGACAUAAUCAUGAUUUGUUGUUUUAGAAUAAGCCUCAGUCAACACCACAACUUACCUGAAUGUAACCAUUAAGAUAAAAUUACAUUAAAGGAUCAACUGACAUCUCUUCAUGUAUUUUUGAAACAAACUCGGUUUUGGUUUUGCACUUUUUUUUUUGAGAAAUAACAAUAUCACAAGAUGCCUUUUCCAUUUAAAAAAAAAAUCCUAACUUAACCAAUUAAUAUUUCAAGAAAUUAUGUUAUAGAAGUAUUCAACCUUUCAACUGCUGAGGUGGCGCACUGUGCUAUGUUUACACCAAAUUGUAUCUUUAUGACUGUUUCACAAAACCUAUAUAGCAGAUAAAAAUGGGAUUCUUUGGGUGUCCUGUCUGAAUUUAGCUUUGAAUUGGUUUCAGAAAAGCAAAUACACAUACAUUACCAUUGGGGAUUUAUUCUG